AUGAUGUUUCAUAAUGCUGUCACUUCUUACCUUCGGUUUGUUCGCCUUCUACUCCAUUUGUAUCCUUACUCUGACGACACAGAAGACGGCUUAAGAACAUGCGCAAAAAAAGGGGAGGUGCAAAAUUUACGGAGAUCCCAAAAAAAGUACGAGGAAAGGAAAACAAUCACUCUGAGCAAAUACAUAUGGUUUGUGAAUUUUUUGAAAUUCAAUUAUUUCACAGAUAUUUUUCAACCAUGGCAUAUGCAGUAUAAUAAACUUCAGGGAGGAUUUCCUGCCUUUUUUGUCUCGUGUGGCAUCACACUGGUCAUCCCCAGCUUCGCCCUUUUUCCGUUUUUUCCUUUUUUUCCACUAAUAUGCUUCCUCUGGAGACCCAAAUUGAAUGAGAAGCAGGAUGUUCUUUCCGUACUGCAUGAAAAUUGGUCAGAUCGUGACGAAGGAUGCACACCUCUCACUCAUACUUUACCUCAUUCAUUAAUCAAGUCUAAUUGUGUAUUACUAUCAUCACUAGCACAAUCUCCACGUUCCCCUUCGUUGCCUGUCAUCUCCAAUUCAGUUUGUUUCACAAUUCUGUGGUUUCUCAUUGUCUUUUGUACACAGGCGAACUUGCGGGAAAUAUUUGCUAACCAAAAAAGUCUUUCAAUUUUGGGCAGUAAAUCUUGA